AAUCAACCAAAGGUGAAGCGAGUAAUCGGUUGUGUUGAUAUCCAGUUUCCCGUUUCCCGUCUACGAAAGCUUGACACCGACUAAGUCUCCCGGACCAAAGCAGAAUAUAUAUUAACACUACACUGAGCCCGAACCAGAAUUGAUUCAAAGAGCAGACGACGGACACUUGCAACUGCUGCUUCAAGAAAACGCCUGCGAAUAAAUCCGACUUAAGACAGACGAGCGCAAAAAGCCGGGUACUUGAAAAACCUAUUAAGAUGACGAGCCAAAAGAAUGGUGUAGGCCUAUUCACCUUUGGGAUAACAAUUGGCGAGCAACCGUCCAAUCCAGAACAAACGUCACAUCCCGGACAUCCUAUCAUCAGACCAGCAGUGUUUGGUAGAGGUAGAGCCAAGCAGCAGUUCGAAUUCGGACUUGGGGGUGACAAACAAUGUCCUUUAAGGCAGCUGGAAACCCAACAACCAUCGAAUAAGACAAAGGAAGGAAAUGACUGGACAAACACCGAAAGUAGCAUUACUGAUUCAAGGGAGAAGCACAAGCUAGAUGACCAAUGCAAGUCCCUCAUGAAUGAGCUAGAAGGUAUGACGUCGCGUGACAAGGAUGCUAAGAACACGAUUGCACAUCUCAAAAGGGAGAGUGGUGUCCUGCAGACGACGGUGACGAAUUUGCAUAAGGAAAUUUGUUUGUUGAAACAGGCGAACAAGAAUAUGUGUGAGGAAAAUGUGAAGCUGAAGAAGGAAGCCACAAGUUUUGAAGAAACAAAGAAAAAGGUUGUCAAAUUGACUACCAAAAACCUGACCGCAGUGCACGACCGCAUUGUUGGAGAGAUUAAGGCUCAACACGAGAGAGAGCUUCAGCGGGCCAAAGAAGCAGUGGAUGACGAUUCAAGAAAGGCAAAAGAGGAUGCGGCAGAAGCAAAGUUGAAGGAGGAGGUUAAGAGGUUGGAAGAGGCUCACGAAGUUGCCAUUCAAAUGCUGACGGCUGAGCACGAUCGUGUGAUGGGAGACAUGAAGUCACAACACGAACGUGAACUCCAGGCGAAGUCCGUCGAGGUACUGGUCGGGACCGCGUCGCCCGUUGAUUAUGAUGAGUUCAGGACGUCAUCGCCCGUUUCGAGACAGGCCAGGGACGCAUCUAUUCGCCAUGGUUCUGAGAGAAGGUACAAGACAGUCAUGAGGCGUAGGGAUGUGGCUAGCGUCUCAGGCGAUUCUGGGGUGGCCGAGUCGGAGGAAACCAUCAGAGAUUGGCAGUUGGAAGAGCGCGAGGGACGAGAAAGAGACAUGGAGGAGAUCAUGGGGUUGCUGGCGAACUUGGAUAAAAAAUUAGACGGUAAGGUCGGCAAACUGGAGACAUUGAUUGAGUCGAAGCAUCUGGAUGGACGCCAUGGGCAUCGAAAUGACGUGAAGGCCAUGAAAGGGAACAUGGACAAGAAAAUUGACUUGAAAGUCGAUCAUUUGGAAAACUGCAUUGAUAGUCUCGUUCAAGAGAUGCGAGCGCAACACCAGAGCGUUACCCAGGCAGUGCAAAACAUGGAUGUCAAAGGAAGUUUCUCAAAGGUCGAAGGAUUGGUUGGCGGUUUGCAGAAAAAGAUUGAGGAUUCUCGUCAAGAGGGGCGCAAGAAUCACCAGGCUCUGACAAACGCAAUCGGGAGUAAUGGCCAGGCAAUUGGAGAUGUCGGCAAGAUGACUGACGCUCUUUUACAAGAUGACCACGAGCAACACGCAGAGGUGAGGCAAGGAUUUGUCAACUUAGGUGAGGAGGGGGAAAAGAUGGAGAAGCUGUUGCAUGUUCUCCUGGGAGAAGGACGUCAGCAAAGCAAGGAUUUGAAGCAGUCGAUUCAGGAUUUGAAUGGGGACAUUGACACGAAGGUAUCCAACUUGACCCAGACACUGCAACGAGAUGGUGGUCCGUACCAGCAAGACAUGCUGAACGCGAUAGGUAGCUUGAACGAAGAGAUUGAGAAAAUGCUGUCGGAGUUGUCAGAAAGUCUGGAUCAAAAUGGCGGCGAACAGCAUAAUGACCUGAAGCAGACGAUAGAAGAACUGGACCAGGGAUUCCAAGCAAAGAUGGCAAACUUGGAGGAUUUGAUCGACAGCAACCAUUGCGAUGAAGGCCAGCAGCUUUAUGGUCUUGGUGAGAACUUUGACGGGAAGUUGAGUGAGUUGUUGGUCACUCUUCAACAAGGGGGACAAGUGCAACACACAGAAGUGACGCGGGUGAUUAAGAACCUGGACUCGGAGAUUGACAAAAAGGUGAAGAAUAGUUUGGAAGAGUGGGCUGAGGAUUUUUGCUUCAAGACGGUGAACACGAGCACCAUAAAAGUCUGCAGUGUUUGAAAGGGAACGGAGUGACGUUUCAUGGGGGACAUGACACUUCUCUUUGACUCUCUCUAAAUGGACAAUUGCCUGGCAGGGAAAUGAGCUCUUUUGGCGAAAUCUAUGAGCUCUCUCUGUACACCUGGUGUAGAAGUUUGAAAUGCCUUCGGAUGGAAUAUCCGGCCGGGAACUAAGGAUUCUAUUAUGCACUUGUUGACGGCUAUGGUCCCUGUAGAACCAUAUACAGUGGAACCCGCUAACACGACCACUCAUGGGACCGAGGUUGAAUGGUCGUGUUACCGUUAAAACAUGUCUCCGUGCCUGUAACUAACAUCCUCCUAGGAAUGGCUAGUUCCUUGGUAAUUACAUGUGUAUAUACAGCGAUGUCUCUGUCUUGCUCAUCCCGAGGCAUCAUGACCCUCAAGCCUUGGAUCCACUCCGCCGACCUAGGCUCCGUUAACGGACCGAAUAACUCCGAUGGUUCGGAAUGAUCCGAUGAAAUCAGGGGUUAACAUUAAUCCCCGAUUUCGUCAGAAUGUGUUGCUAUAUGACAGCAAGCUCUUUGGUCUCGGCUUUGCAACACCACCUCAAUCCUCGAAUACUAGGGUCAGUCGUAAACUCAUCCCCCUGUACUGAGCUCGGUCGAGGUGCAGAGAGAAAGCCCCUAAAGUUUAGGAUGCAGUACCCCAUGGACUUGCCACUUGACGACGGAUUGUCUUUCACAGCUUCAAUGUCCCGGAGUAAUAUCAGCAAUUAUAUGUUGUCACAUCCUUGGUUUUCAGUCUUCUUGAAGGACAAGUCUGACGUAUUGGGUUGGGUUGUCAAUGCAACAAUUUUGCUUAAAUACUUUUGUACUCACAAACCCAUCCCAGUACACCUGGUUGGUUGUGACAUUGUCUUCACAACUUUAACUCGUCCCCUUCUUUGCAGAGAGUUCUAGAGAAAGCUUUCCGACCUCAAUAAUUCCCACCCCUUGUCUGAAGAAUAACACACAGUUGAAAUAAAGUUUAAAACAUUUAUUACUAACACGGACACGGAACAAUGAUUGUAUCAUGAUACAUUGUUAAAACAUAGUUUAGCUUAACCAUCACCUUACUAAAGCAAGCAAGCAAGCAACAUGUUGGUUUAGUUAUAAGAACUAACAAAAAAAGAUACAUCAAAUUGUGUCUACUGAGAUCUAAUUUAGUGACGAUUCUCACUCGCCUCCAAUACAACAUGCAU